AUGACAUUAUAUACUGAUGAUAAAAACAAAAAGUGGUUUCGUGAAUCAAAUGCAGAACUUUGGCCAGGUCAAGAAUUUUCAAUUGAAAUUGAGGAGAUUCUAUAUCAACAAAGAUCAAAAUAUCAAGAUAUCCUUGUAUUUAAAAGUAAAUCUUAUGGUAAUGUACUUGUAUUGGAUAAUUGUAUUCAAUGUACUGAAAGAGAUGAAUUUGCUUACCAAGAAAUGGCUGCGUUCCUUCCUUUACUUGUACAUCCCAAUCCGAAAAGGGUGCUGAUAAUUGGUGGCGGAGAUGGUGGUGUUGCUCGUGAAGUGAUUAAACAUCCACAAGUUGAAGAAGUUAUUCUAUGUGAAAUUGAUCAGGAUGUUAUCGAUGUAAGCAAAAAGUUUCUUCCUGAUAUGGCAAAAGGAUUUGCUAGUUCAAAGGUAACAGUUAUUGUUAAUGAUGGUUUUGAAUAUUUAAAACAACAUACAAAUGAAUUCGAUGUUAUUAUCACAGAUUCUUCUGAUCCUGAUGGUCCAGCUGAAGCUUUAUUUGAAGAAUCAUUCUAUUCAUUAAUGAAAGCAGCUCUUAAACAACCAUAUGGUGUUAUCUGUUGUCAAGGGGAAUGUAUUUGGUUAGAUUUACCUUUAAUUAAAAAAUUAAUGACAAUAAGUCGUCAUCUUUUUCCAUCGGUUGGUUAUGCGAAUGUAUCAACACCGACAUAUCCAUGUGGAGCACUUGGUUUUAUUGUUUGUAGUCUCAAUGAAAAUGCUACUGUUACUGAACCAAUUGAUAUAAAAUUAGCCGAUGAACUUGAUACUAAAUAUUAUACAUCUAAUAUUCAUCGAGCUUCAUUUGCUUUACCUGCAUUUGUUCGUAAAGAACUUGAAGAAACAAAUAAAUAA